CUGCUGUCGGUCCUCUCUCUGGUUCUCAUGGUAACGGUCACCUGCAGAAACACACCGGGACUCACGGAGCUCCACCGACCGACACACCGACCGCUGCCCGGCUCCCGGACACCGACCCCCCGCCCCACUCCGCUCCGCCAACCCUCCUCUCUGCCGCGGAUCAAUACCCGAUCAAUCGAUACCGGGAUCGAUCGAUCGACUGAUGUCCGCCGCGGUGGGUCUGAACCGGCGCGUGGCCUGCGGCGGGAUCAGAGGCACCGGAGUGGCGGAUGAUGACAUCAGCGUGUGAGAGUCCCAAUCGUCCGCGCGUGAGCUGAUCGAUCAUCUAUCAGGUGUCUCAAGGUGUCUCCAGGUGUCUCCAGCGCUCCCGUGGCGUCCAGGAUGCUGCCGGCCUCCAUUCAGAUCACAGGCGAGCUGCUGUCGGCGGCCGAGGUCCAGGACAUCUGUGAGAGUCUGAAGGAGGACAGCGUGCGGCUGCUGUCCGUCCGCGGCUGCCAGCUCUCCGACCGCGACUUCAGCCGCGUCUGCCGCAGCGUCGCUGAGUCGCGCUCGCUCGCUCAGCUCAACCUCAACCUGGGCGUGGUCUCGAGCAUCAGUCGGACCCGCCACCUGGCCGACGCCCUGAAGACCAACCGGUCCCUGCAGACCCUGUUUCUCCACGGUAGCCCGCUGUUGGACGCCGGCCUGGUGACCUUGAACUCGGCCCUGUCGACCCACCCAGCGCUAGUCAGUCUGGAUCUGGGAGACUGCAUGCUGGGAGACGAGGCGCUGGGUCUGAUCUGCGGGAUGCUGCCGCCCGACGGAGCCAAGUCAG